AUGGAUUUACUUAAGCUUUUUAUAUGUCCUAUUUCUCAAUCGGAUGAACCUGAAACUGGUGCAGACCCUCAACCUUCCUAUUACAAAACCAACACCACGGGGCCUAAUUACAGUGCCCAGGCUCCAUCUUACGAGCCACAGUCAUCCUCCUACAACGCCCAACCUUUGUCUGACAAUACUGUACAACCUGACUCUUACAAUAUGUCGGCAGGUGGGGAACAAGCUAUGCAGAACCACAACAUUACCAACCAAGCAUGGCAGACAGCAUAUAACAACGCACAGGAAUAUGUGUCAGAUGGGACUUAUACACAAGAAACAGUAUAUGGGAAUGGUGUUACGACUGGGGGUGCAGCAAGCUACUGA